AAUAGAGCAGCAUGUAACGUAAAGUGAAGGCGAUUGUUGUUGGGAAAUGACCCAUAUAAUAAAAAAUUGUGUACUUUACAUUGUUCACUUGAACGCAUUUACGCAUGUCAUGUGCAUGAAUGUUAGCAGAACGUUCUGAGAAUAGGAAGAAAACGAAAGAGGGAGGGAAAUCUCGGACUGUAACCCUCCCUUCUUCCCACCCACCCCCUGAGUGUUGUCACAGUUGCCUGAUCCGUGUUUUGUUAGCUAGCGUUAAUGAACGGGAGGGGUUAUUUCCAAUGGAGUGAUCUGCAGGAUUGACACUGUCAGACCACGCUAACCCGUCCUUGACAAGUAGCCAUGGCGCACUGUCGGGUUCCAGCUGAGCCUCACGGGAGGACAGCAGCACCUGUGGAUGAUCCCGAAAUGGACCAGGACUCUGGAGUGGAAGAUGAUGACAGUAACCCGGGCAUCAGAUUACCUUGCGGAUCCCACACCCAGGAAGAGGAAUCCACUGUUUUCAUCGCCUUCCAGGGAAACAUGGAGGAUGAGGACUUCCAGGAGAAACUGGAGAACAUAUUAAAUGGUGUCCCUGGCAUGCUGCAGCUAGAGUCUCAGAGACUGCAGCCCAAGCGUGUGGAGCCCUGGAACAGCGUGCGUGUCACCUUCAACAUCCCACGCGAUGCUGCAGAGCGCCUGCGUCUCCUGGCGCAGAACAGCCACCAGCAGCUGCGCGACCUGGGCAUCCUGUCUGUCCAGAUCGAGGGUGAAGGUGCUAUAAAUGUGGCCAUGGGGCAGAACAGAGCCCAGGAGGUCAGGGUGAAUGGACCCAUUGGAGCAGCCAAUCAGAUGAGGAUGGAUGUUGGUUUCCCAAUGCAGCAAGGCCCAGGAGGCAUUCGCAUGAACAACCCUUCGGUUCCAAUGGUGCCACCGGGUCCUGGUAUGGCGGGUCAAGUGAUGAUUCCUGGGGGCAGUGGGCAGAUGCAGGCAAGGGGUCCCCGGCCCCCCUCCCAGCCUGACUCGUUGGACCCCAUGCUGGCAGGCCUGGCAAUGCAGCAGCAGCAGCAGCAAGUCCACCAUCCACAGGCUCAGCAUGGCCCGAACUCCAUGCCACCGCAGGGUCACCACAUGCAGGCUAUGCAGGCCAGCCGCCAGCUGAACCCAGCUGCUUUGCAGCAGCUGCAACAGCAGCACCAGCAGCAGCAGGCUCAGCUUGCACAGCUAGGUGGUGCUCGCACACCUUUCAACCAAAACCAGAUGCCUGUCCCUGCUGGCUGGAACCAGCUUCCCUCUGGGGUCUUGCAGCCCCCACCUUCCCAGGGACCUAUGGCUACGGCCUGGAGAAAAGGGCCUCCGCAAGCUCAGAUGGGACCACGUCCCUCCUUGGCAACAGUUCAGACGCCUAGCCACCCUCCACCUCCAUAUCCCUUUGGAAGUCAGCAAGCUGGCCAGGUCUUUAAUGCCAUGGGACAGCAACAACAGCAGCAGCAGCCAGGGAAUCCUCAGUUUGCCACUCCUCAGCCCAAGGGGAUGCAAGGACCCCCAGGAGCGGCUGGGCAGAGGGGGCCACCUCCUCCUCCGCCACCAUCAGCAGCUCAGCAGGGCCACCUCACUGCUAAGUCCCCGGUCUCUUCCCCGUCGCCGUUCCAACAAGGCUCUCCUGGAACUCCACCAAUGAUGGGCCCACGUCCCACUACGCCCCAGGGCUUCCCCCAAGCUGUAGGCUCUCCCGGUAGGGCGGUGCUGGGGCAGCAGGGGAACGUGCAGCCUGGAUUCAUGGUUAUGUCCCAGCAGGGUCAGGUACCCCACACUGGAAUGGGAGGCAUGUCGAAACGUAUACCUAUGGGUUUCCCCAAUGCACAAGGCAAUCAGAACUUCAUACAAGGUCAGGUCACACCGAGCACAGCAGGGACGCCUGUGUCCGGCACCAACCCCCAGCUACAGAGCAGCCAGAGCAUGCAGCAUACAGGUGUUCAGCCCUCUGCCUCAGGACCAAACCAUAUGCAGGGUUCCCACGGUCAGCCCAACACCAUUCAGAACAACAUGAUGGGCCUUCAUAGUGGCAUGUCCAGCCAGGCUACAGAGACUACCACAGGGGGAACCAUGGGGCAGCCCUCACAGGGUCUCCAGUCCCAGAUGAUGGGAAUGCAGCAUCAGCCCAUCUCCUCCUCCCCUAGCCAGAUGGUGCAAGGCCAAGGAGGAGGCCAGACAGUCCUGUCCAGGCCACAGCUUGUCAACCAAGGGCAGAUGAUGAUGGGUAGCCAGAACAUGGGCCCACAACGUGGAAUGACCCCUCCAAAGCACAUGAUGCCCCAGCAGGGCCAGCCGAUGAUGCAGGGUCAUGGGCAACUUGUGGGCAGCCAAGGACACCAGGCUAUGCUGCAGCAGCAGCAGAAUGCCAUGAUGGAGCAAAUGAUGGCCAAUCAGAUGCAAGGAAACAAACAGGCCUUUGGGGCUAAAGGUCAGUCUGCAGUUAUGCAGGGGCAGAUGAUGCGUGGCCCGGCACCAAAUGUGCAAGGUAACAUAGCUCAGUUCCAGGCUCAGAUUGCCCAGCAGCCACAGCCACAGCCACAGCAGCAGCAGCAGCAACAACAGCAGCAGCAGCAUUUGCAACAGCAGCAGUUGCAACAACAGCAUCAACAGAUGGCUCAACAGCAACAACAUCAGCAGCAGCAACAACAGCCACAACCCCAGCAAGUUCCAAUGAAUGGGAAUCCUAACCAAUCCAUGGGCCUCCAUGGACCACAAAUGCGACUUCCAGGAGGCCACCAUUUGGUUCAACAGCAGCAGCAAAAGCAGCAGCAACAAGUGGCUCAACAGCUACAGCAACAGCAGCAGCAGCACUCGCAGCAGCUAGGGGACACCGGUGGCACAGGAGACAUGGCUCUGCAGCAGAUGCUUCCUGACAUGCAGGCCCAGCAGCAGCAGCAGCAGCAGCAACAGCAGCAACAGAUGAUUCCAGGUGCCCAGCAUAUGCAGGUGGGCAAUGGUCACUUCCCUGGUCAUGGGAUGCCUUUCAGCCCCCAGUUUGCUGGACAAAUGAGUAUGGCAGGUGCAUGUGCACAGGGUGGCAACUUCCCAGGCAACAAGGAUGUGACCCUCACUAGCCCUCUGUUGGUCAACUUGCUGCAGAGUGACAUUUCUGCCAGUCAGUUCGGUCCGGGUGGGAAGCAGGGAGCUGCCAACCAGGCCAAACCCAAGAAGAAGAAGCCCCCACGUAAGAAGAAAGCCAAAGAUAAUGGAGUGUCGACAGGAGAGCAGUCUGAGCAGGCCAUUGGCAGUCUUGAUGUGCAGCCCCCUGGAAUGGAAGAACCUGAGGCACAGGGCUUGAGUGGAGAUCAAGGAGUUGGAAUGGAUCCCACUGGCCCAAAACUCUCUGACUUCCCCAACAGGCCCUCAGGGUUUCCGAGUCAGCAGCUUGACCAAAGGGCCCUACAGCAAAUGCCCAUGCAGUUCAUGCAGCAGCAGCAGCAGCAACUGCAGCAUCAGCAGCAACAACAACAGCAGCAGAUGCAGAGUCUACAGGUUCCACCUGGUCAGGCAGGAAUGAUGCCCCAAGGCCAACCCCAGAUGCAUCCACACCAAUUACAGUUACAGCAACAACAGCAGCAGCAACAACAACAACAACAACAACAACAACAGCAGCAGCAGCAGCAGCACCAACAACAGCAGCAGCAGCAGCACCACCACCAGCAACAGCAGCAGCAACAACAACAGCAGCAGCAGCAACAGCAACAGCAGCAUAUGAUGAUGAUGCUCAUGAUGCAGCAAGAACAAGCUAAGAGCAGGAUGCCUGUAUCCCAAGGUGGGCACACACCCAGGGGUCUUGUAAAUCUAGUAGAUGGCCAGAAGAUGCCUGUUUCUCAGCAAGGCAACAUGCCAGUGAUGAUUAACCUUCAGGGGCAUGGGGGCAUCCCACCAUCCCCAGAGAAGCCCAGGGGAGGACCGCUCAUGGUAAACCCACAGUUAGCCGCUGGUGCCAGGAGGAUGCCCCACCCUGAGGGACCACAGGGGGGCCCAGUGCUGAGCUCUGAGGAAGUCUCUGGUAUGAACACCCUGCAGGAGAGGUCCGCCCAUGAAAUGGGUCAACAAGGAAACAACGGUGCACCCCAGCUGGUCGUCAACCAAGGUCCCAACCAGCACCUUAUGAAGUCGGGGCCUUCACCUGUCCCACAGCAUCAGGGGGCAAGUCCUCAGCAGCAGCAGCAGCAGCAACAGCUGCAGCCGCAACAGGCAGGCCCCAUGCCAGGCUCGCACAGCCUACAUUUCCCCAGCAUUCCCACCACUUCACAAAGUUCCAGACCCAAGACGCCCAAUCGAGCCAGUCCCAGGCCAUUCCACCACCCGCUCACUCCCACCAACCGCCCACCCAGUACAGAGCCCUCUGAGAUCAGCCUGUCCCCUGAGAGAUUAAAUGCCUCCAUCGCUGGCCUCUUUCCACCCAAGAUAAACAUCCCUCUGCCUCCCAGGCAGCCAAAUCUGAACCGUGGUUUUGACCAGCAGGGUCUCAACCCCACAACCCUGAAAGCCAUCGGACAGGCACCACCCAGUCUGAGUUUAGGAAAUAACAACAAUAGUGGUCAGCAGGCAUUCCCUGCGGGUAAUAGUGCAGCAGCUGCAGCUGGGAAACUAGACAAGCACUCCACUGGAGGCCCCACUAAAAAAACCACCCCGGGCACUGGUCGGCGACCCAGCCCAGCAGUGACCCGCAAAACUACUCCCAGCCCAGGGAGGCAGAAAGGAGCCAAGAUUUCCCUCACCUCUCCUCCACACCAGCAGCCCAUGGUAAACCCUCAAAACAUCAUGAUUAAUCCCUCUCAUGUCCUCUCCAGCCCAGUUGCUGCUCCACCAGCAGUGCUGGAUAUACAGCAGGCACAUAACCCAUUGCAGGGCGUCCAUGGUAAUCCCACUGAAAUGAACCAAGUGACCUCAGUAGAGCAGCGGCAGAUGGUCCGAGAUCCUCCACUGACAAAGCUAACCAGUCCUCAUGUCCCACAGGAGCCUAAGAGUGUGAUGGAAGAGCCAGUGGUGUCAAUGGCAGACAAGGUCCAGCCACAGACAGCAGCCCAACAGGGACCUAAAUCUGAUCCUCCACUUGCACUCAGGGAUGCCCCGACCUCUCUUAAUCAGUUGCUGGAUGAUUCCGGUAUUUCCACCGUUCCCAUGAAACCAACCCAGCACAGCCCUCCUGAAGGAGAUCGGGGCCAGAGAGGGAGCCCUCGUGUCCCCAUGGACCAAGACAGCCAGCGGAAUUCUAGCACUUCUCACAGCUCUGACACCAGUGCUCUCUCCAUGCUGAACGACCCUGAGCCCAAAUCUAAGAUCAGUCCGAUGCCAAGUCCUAAAUUACAUGCAAAUGUCAGUCCCAAUGUUAAGAUUAAUGUCAGUCCCAAUCCAGCCUUAAAUUCCAUUCCUAACUCAAGUGCAAGUCCCAUUCCCAACCCCAACCUCAACCCAAGCUCUGGCUCUACCUCUAUGGCAAAUGUUUCUACAGUCUUGCAGAGGGCUUCAUCAUCUACCACUAUCCCUCCAAACCAGAUCACAGUCUUUGUCACUUCCAACCCGAUGAGUUCAGCCACUACAACCUCCCAUGUAGCCCCCACUUUAGUUUCCACGGUAGUUACCCUUCCCACUAAGAACCUAAGGCCCCAAGAGGGGAGGCAGACACCCACUUCCUCGGUUGCUAGCACUCGUCCCACCCAGUUCAUCACUACUCCUGUGUUCAUCAAUUCCAUCUUUCAGGUCCCUGCCUCUACCAUGUCAUCCAGUACAAACGUCAUGUCCCAGUCAGGUACUAUGGUGGGGCCAAUAAAGAUGUCAGCAAACAUACAACUUUCCCCAGCCUCCACUACAGCCCAGCCCUCCCUUAAUAACAUGACCAACAGCCAGGUCAGUCGUGCACUUGCUGGACAGACCCAGAGGCCCCCCAGUCAGUCAGCUCCAAUGAUGCCACUUCCACAACCUCAGCAGCCACCUUCUGGAAAGCAGGAUUUUAACCCUUCCGAGCCUGCUGUAAAAUCCAGCCCUUUGGGGCAGCAGUCUCCCCGUCCCACCGGUGCCACUUUGUCACCAUUCUCCCAGCCUCUGGCAUCUCCUCCUGCCUGCGCUAGCCCGGGAGCUGCUGCCACUGCCCGGAGGAGCCCCAUGUCCCCUACAGCUGCCUCAACAAAGGCCAAACCAGCCCAAGAGCUUGUGUCCAAGACAGGCACAUCUGGGUCUGACCCUCCACAGAAAACCAGUGACCAGCUGACUCGACGACCUGAGGUGAUGGCACAGCCAGAGCAAACUUCUGGAGAGGCACCGAUUCUGGCCUCUCCUGCCGCGGUUCAGAUGGACGCAGUGGAUGGAAACAUGCCCUCAGCCCCUCCGAAACCCCUUACUCCCUCCGUCCCAGCUUCUGCCUCGGUCACUACCACUGCCACUGUCCAUGUCCCCACUCCGGCUGCUGCUUGUUCUCCAGCUGUCCCGACAGUACCUGCACCCCCCAACCCUUCAGGUAGCUCCUCAACAACAUCUACACCAUCUGACCCCAUCAGGGGUCAGAACCCCCCUACAGUGGUGGAAACCAGCAAGCCAUCUCCACUGAGUGACAUACCUGAAGCCACGGGAUUCCCAGAAAGCAGCCAGGACUCUGGGCCUGUUCGGCCAGAACCUCCACAGCAAGAACGGCCUGCUUGUGAGAAACGAGGAGGUGAAGUCCCUACUGUAACUGAACAGGGAUUGGUAAAGAAAAGAAAGACGCCCGUCAGCCUUGCCCCAAGGGAUGCAAAGGGCACCCCAGAGAAGGUUAAGGGGCCAAGCCGCCGCAGUUCACGGGCAGAGAAGGAGUCUGAGGACGGGGCCCAGAAUGCACUGGAAGCAUCUGACAGUGGGCAGAGGAAGAGGACCGCUAGGCCAGGCUCCGCCUCCUCCACCAUCGCCACCACUGUCAAAGAUUCAAACACUGGUGCCAGUCCUACACAGGCUAAGCGAAGGAAAUCAAAAUGACACCUGUACUGUCAACCUGUGUAUUGUAAAUGUUUGUGAAUUGUCUUUUCGGCUUUCUUCCCAUGUGUUUUUCUAAAGAUGAAUUAACCAUGUACAGAUAAUUGUUUUAAUAAGAAUUAUGAUAUUGAUGUUUGUCUCCCGCUGCAAUGUGAGGUUUUUUUAGAAGGUUGUUCUCGAUUUGUGUUUUCAGAUGCUGGAUUAAUUACGUUUAGGGUGCUGGUAAUGAAAAUGUCACAAGCCUAUAUUGUAUAAUUUUGUCGCAAAGCUGAAUUAAAUUUUCUACUACUUUAUUCCUAUGAUUAAGCGAAUGAAGGAGAAUAUUGAUUUAUAUAACUUUAUAUUGAUUAAGCAAGGGGGGCAAUGCAUAGCAAAGUUUUCAGUGUCCUUAUAAAUUUAGUCGUAUUUAAACUUUUUUGUUCAUGUAUUUUUAUGUUUGGGCGCCCAGAUUUUUGAAGACCUUGAUAAAAAUGUGAAACUGCACAGCGUGAGUGUGUAAAAAGUAAUUAGAUCUAUAAUGGGCAGCUGCAAACUAUAUAUCAUAACUACCAAGACUCCGAAUGAGAUGUACACAGCUUGAGAGAAGCAGAAUGGGAGCACAGUGUACUACAGUUCUGUAUUAAUCAGUUUGCAUAGUUGAAGUAGAGGGUCUUUGAUGCGUUAGACUACACACCACUACAUGUUAUUCUGUGCAUUAACAAAUUUGUGGAAUUUUUUUUUUUUUUUAAAUAAAGGUUUUGUAAAUGUGAGUGGGACCAGUGUUGAUGUAGCUGUUUACAUGGGCUUCACUGGACUGAAAACAUCAGUGCUCACUCUGGCUCGAUGGCACUAGUGAGGUU